AUGUAUUUCUAUUUCCAUGGGAAAUAUUUUCAUGCCAUGUACCUAAGCGCAAACCAUUCUUAUUUUUUUCAUAUUCGAUUAUGUAAUCUAUCUAUCUAUCUAUCUAUCUAUCUAUCUAUCUAUACAAGCAUGUCAAUAAAUAAUGAUCUAUAUAUCUAUCUAUCUAUCUAUCUAUCUCAUUUCUCUCUCUUUCUAUUUAUAUCAAUCUCUCUGUUUCUCUUAAUUUAUUCAUAUCUAUCUAUCUAUCUAUCUCAGUACAUCAGUAGGUUUCUAUCUAUCUAUCUAUCUAUCUAUCUAUCUAUCUUACGAUCACAUCGUGCGACGGCGAGGACCGGCAGCCAGCCAGCUUCGGCUGCUACCACUUCUCGCGCAACCGGGACCACCGUGCGCGGCUGCCAGCUCGCCCGCAGGCCUGCCGUCUCGCCCGCGCGUCAGGCAGAUCGAUUUGACUUUGAUUUUCUUCAACGUUCGCUCGAAAUUCGGCAGACUAUCAUCGACGGGUUUGUCUGUAUCAUCUUGUUUGGCAUAUCUAUUCCUUCCUUCCUCCCUUCAUAUCUAUCUAUCUAUCUAUCUAUCUAUCUAUCUAUCUAUCUAUCUAUCUAUCUAUCUAUCUAUGUCUGUCCAUUUUCCAUCUAUCUAUCUAUCUAUCUGUUGGGGCGCACCCACCUUCUAACUAGAAAUGGACUGUUUGUUUGGCAUAUCUAUUCCUUCCUUCCUCCCUUCAUAUCUAUCUAUCUAUCUAUCUAUCUAUCUAUCUAUCUAUCUAUCUAUCUAUCUAUGUCUGUCCAUUUUCCAUCUAUCUAUCUAUCUAUCUUAUUUUCCUCUACAACUGUGUUUGUCUUGAUUCAUACACCGACACGCGAGAAACUCACAACAUCUCAACACUAUCUAUCUAUUCGUUCCUUCAUUCCUAUCUAUCUAUCUAUCUAUCUAUCUAUCUAUCUAUCUAUCUAUCUAUCUAUCUAUCUAUGUGUUAACUCCCGAACGAUUCUAUUCGACUUGCUUGCGGAUACGAAACAAUCUAUCUAUCUAUCUAUCUAUCUAUCUAUCUAUCUAUCUAUCUAUCUAUCUAUCAUUGUCUGUCCAUUUUCUUUCUAUCUAUCUAUCUAUCUAUCUAUCUAUCUAUCUAUCUAUCUAUCUAUCUAUCUAUCACACACCAUGCACUGUGCUUUGUUCGACCCACUUCCCAAAAUCUGA